AUGCAGGAAAAGAUCUUCUGCUAUGCCAAAUUCAAUGUCGACGCUCUUCUUGCCCUUGCCGAAAAGCUUCGGGGCCGACCAUGCACCUGCGACGUGUCAAAGCCACCCAAAGCUGGCAGCCUGAACUGGGUCAUUUUUGUCUCAUUUGAUGAUGGAAUUGACUGGGUGUUUCGUUCCCCGCGCACCGGUCCGUCUACGAUCCUCACCGACGAAACUGCCUCCAAGAUGCUAGUGAGCGAAGCAUCCACUUUGAAAUACCUGAGAGCUCAUUGCUCCAUUCCUGUUCCGGAAGUUUACUCUUAUAGUGGCUCCAAGGACAACGAUGUUGGGGUUCCGUAUAUUCUGCAGAGCAAGGCUUCUGGUCGUGCCCUAUCAGAUUACGACUGGGCCGAUUGUUCCCGUGAACCAUCGGGAUAUAAAUUGCCUUGGCCACUCCUCCCCCUUUCGGAUCACGACCGACAGAAUAUCAUGCGUCAGCUCGGCGCUAUCAUGUCUCGCCUAUCAGAGAUUCGCUUUGAACAGAUCGGGUCAAUCUUUGAAGACCGUCAUGGUAACUUUUCCAUCGGGGAAUGCCUCUCCCCGUCACUUCUCUGGCAAUGGAGAGACUCGAUCGAAGAAGCAAUAGAUCGAGGCCCCUUCUCUGAAGAAGGCCAGUACUUGAACUCUCUUAUCUCAGCAUUCACCUCUCAUGCCAAAGAGCUUUACCUGACACCACAUACCUUUUUUGCACCGAUUCCCGACUCUCUCGAUUAUCCCACUUGGGAUAGCUAUAGAGCUGCUGCAAGACGAUGGAAUGACUUCGUAGCAAUCGGCAACAAGAUAGAGAGUAGCAAAAACCGGCUUUCGUACUGUAUUGCAGGCCAGUUCCUGCACAACAUGAUCCCUCACCUUUCUUCUACGGCAAAUGGCGGUUUCACCCUUUCUCACCCAGAUCUUCAUUCUGGCAAUAUAUUCGUUGACGAAGAUCUCAAUAUCACUUGUAUCAUUGAUUGGGGUUCUGCGACAUCUGGUCCUAUCACUGAGUUGCUCACUACCCCAGGACUAGCAGGGUCAGCAUCGCCACCAUCGAGGUCACAAAUUACUGCCUUUAGGUCAUGCUUCAACCUAGGAGUCCCAAAGAUCGAUCCAGACGUCUGGAAGAAAGCCGACAGGAUGUGGUAUUUUUCUCGGCUAGUUCGUCUACUUUCCAAGCAGGAUUAUAAUCUCUUCAAAACAUUGUACGAACUCGUGUACGAGAUAGAGGAUGAAGGGGCGGUAGGCUCGGUGGAUUACGCUCGGCUCUUCCACGAGCAGGCUCAGCAGGAGGGUAACAAGCAACUUUUUGCCAAGCUACGCGAGGAUGACGCAUCGGAAGAAGAAGUAAAGGAAAGAGAAGAAGCAGCAUUUCGCCUCGAAAAAAAAAAAAAGUCGAACAGCCUUGCCGUCGCAAGAAAGUUGACACUGAUGUCGGAAAUGAACCCAGGUUUCGUGGCAGAUAAGAGGCUGUGGCGAUGGAUUGGGGAUGCUUUGGGGCAAGUUGACUCUGUAUAG